UUUGAGUCUUCAAUGUUAUUCGUCAGGAGACAAAACCACAGUCCCGAUGUCGACACAAUCGGCAAAAUCAUCGAGUUCGAUGUCGACGCAAUCAACAAAAGCAUCGAGUUCGAUGUCGACACAAUCAACAAAAUCAUCGAGUUCAAUAUCGACGCAAUCAACAAAAGCAUCGAGUUCGAUGUCGACACAAUCAACAAAAUCAUCGAGUUCAAUGUCGACGCAAUCAACAAAAGCAUCGAGUUCGAUGUCGACACAAUCGACAAAAGCAUCGAAUUUGAUACUGACACAAUCAUCAGAAUCAACGAUAAAGGUUUCGACAAUCCUCACGCCGAAAACGAACUCACCAUCAAGUCAAGAAGCUUUUCCAGUUGCAGCUGUAGCGGGAGGAGUCGGCGCUGUGGUGCUCAUUGUCGUGGUAGUCUUGGUCAUUGUCGUAUUUGUUAAAAGGAAGAGACGCAGCAAACACGAACCUAAUUCAGAUAACGAUGGAGGUUACUGCAACAUGGACGCGGAUCCGUACAAAUACCACAACACCAAGUCAUCUGGAAAACAUCCAGGAGUUUCAGCAGACCAAACCCAGACUGGCAACCAGACGAUUUGCUCUCCAUCAGACGACUAUGCGUCUAUUGAUGAUGGAGCUGGCGAUAUUACCUACAAACCGCAAGUCGCCCUAAAGCCAAAGCCACCGAGCACAAGUAACCAUGGUGAGUUACAACCACAACCUGACCACGAUCACGUGUCAAGCAUGUACGCCAAGGUUAACAAAAACAAGAAACCGGCCAAAUCUGUGAAUGAAGCCGACAUGCCAGUUAUGCACGUCAAUGAGCUGUAUGCUGUGGUUGACAAACCUAAAAAGGGGAAACAACCGUUGAAGGCUAAACCUUCUGGUGAACUGUACGCCGUGGUAAACAAAAAGAAGAAGUCAGGCGGGACGAGUUCUGAAUCUAAAGGUCAAGGUCCCGAGUCUGAGGUAACUGGUGAUGUCUAUACUGAAGUUCGGAAACCGAAGAAGUCUGGGAAUAAUCCGAACAUCCCUAAAGGUUCACCUGGACUCAUUUAUACUGAGGUGGAAUUUGAUGAAAACACAGACGAACCAAAGGGAGCCACAGGAGGGGAUGAAAAGACAGACUCGGUUGCAACAGAGGAGGAUCGUGUUCUGUAUUCUAAAGUGUGUUAAAUAGUUCUGUGUAGAUCGCUGGAUAGGGAAAUGGGUAGGAGCACAGUGGGUACUGUUAGCCUAUGUCAGUACUCUUAAACAGACAUUUUCUAAGCACUGUGUCUGACUCACCGAUUCCAUUAUUUCGUGUUCAUAAUGGGCCUUUUGUGCCAUUAUUUUUCACAUAUGUAGUAUCACAUCACCUUCUCCCCACCCUUUUGUUUGUCACAGGUUUGAUGCAGUUAUAUAACUGUUCUGUGAUCUUCCAACAAUCUCAUCGUCCAACCUCCAUCAUUCCAAGGUCAGUAUUAUUCUAGUCACAACAAGUUAAGAGACAAUAUCAAAUUUGACCUUAUUUAAAAAAUAAAUAAAUAAUAAAACAAAUUCAGGGGCGGUGAUAGGUAAGGAUAGUUAGGUUGCAGCGUGGAUAAGCAUUUUAGAUUGCAUUUACAGGAGCCUUUUACUCACAGCUUGUUUUUUGUGGGUUUUUUUUUGGGGGGGGGGGGUUUGUCGGCAGAAAGCGUGUGGAACCUGCGUAAAACAUCCAUGACUGUUUGACGUUUCGAAACAUUUUAUGCAGACUAUUCAGGUCAUAAUUCCAUAUUUAUGUUAACACGUUUCAUGUUUGAUUAGUUUGGAAGGGUAUAAAUUCCUUCGAAAUUUGGCUUCGGAUACCCAUGCCAUCAAGACAUAAACUGAGCAUUCUGGACUGUGGCUGAACAUAUCGAAUGAGACAAGUAGCGAGAUGCCUGGAAGUGAGCUAUUCAUCAUCCAUUAACUGAAAGAGGGUUUCCAUACCUCUGACACAGAUCAUCCCCACCUCAGAUGCAGUGUCCAUGUGGCCCUUAACUUCUUGUAACUAGUAUAAUAUUAAGGCUGGCUUUACAAGUUCUUUGUGUAGCCUUCUUAAGGAUCGGCGAGAUCCGUGUACAUGUUUCUGUUUGGAACUGAGGCGGGAUGUAGCCCAGUGGUAAAUCGCUCGCUUGAUCUGCGGUCGGUCUAGGAUCGAUCCUCGU